AUGAGUGGGCCCGCUGGGCAGCAGGACUUGACUGAGGAGUCACACAAGCACUCGGGCAAGACGAAAUGCACAGCAGCGCUGAAACAGCUCUACUUGAUCCUGUCUGUGGACAACCCGCCCGUGAUCAAGCUCGUCAAUGCUCUUCAUCGCGCGCCUCCAGCACGAGAGGCGAUCCUCGCUGCGCUCUCCCGCCGCAUGAUCCAGAUCCACGAGUCGAAGCGCGAAUGCCCCGGCAUGGACAAGCUGUGCAACUUGGUAGAGGUCUCAGAAGACUGGAGGAAACUUCUGUUUGAAUGGAGCCUUGACCUGAUCGUCAAGAUCGAGAGCGAGGACGAGGCCAAAGACAGCUAUGCGAGGUUGAAUCUGCAGGAAAGAUAUGCAACCCGUGCGUCGCAAUCAGUUCCUGUUGCUCUUGCUUCUCUUGUUUCUGCUUGCAUGAAAACUCGAGAUCAGAAAUCAGGAUUGGUCAGACAACUCGUACCGAUGUUGAGGAAUGCCAAGAGCUCAGGCACGAGCAACGUCGACAUGGACGUGUGGAACUUACUGAAACUUGCAAAGUGUGUGACUGGGGAUCAUGUACAUCCUUCGCUGGUAAAAGAAGAUGAAUUCCACACUGACAAGAUCGAUUGGCUGCUCGUCUACCUCGGACGCAACCAGCCCCUCCUCAUCUUCUCCUGGCUGAUUGCUGCUCUCCUGGCCCAGGAGGAUGAUGACAAGAAGCAGGAGGAGCAGGAGGAGCAGGAGGAGCAGGAGAAGGAGAAGGAGAAGGAGAAGAAGAAGGAGGGAACACGCAGCAGCAGAGCACGAUGUGUCCCCAAGGGAGAGUGGUCGUCGAGAGCAGCAGCCAGGGUUAUCGACGCGCUCUGCCAGCUCAGGAGGGAGACGGCAGUGGCGGUGCUGCAGCAGGUCUUCGACUAUAUGAGGACUCCAGCAAAGGACCAGCAGGGCGUCAGCAUCCGCCAAGUGCUGCGCCUGGUGAUCGAGUGCCCGAGGCUGAGGCUCACCUUUCCUCUCUCCCAGAUGUGGGAAAUCUUCGCUGCUGGAGGAGAACGAAUGGAAGCGGAGGGGGAGGGGGAGGAGGAGGAAGUUUUGUCGGUCUCCUCCUAUGCGGCCUCCAUCUUCUUGCAGCGAGCCGAGCUCAUCCGGUCCAAGGACGUCUGCUCGUUCCUCGAGAUGUUGACGGCGACAGAGAUGUUUAAGAAGAGCGAGGCGAGAGAUAAGGCGGAGGAUUCCAACAGGACGCAGAGGUCUGCAGACGGGACGAGGAGUGAAAAUUUCCAGCCUUCUUCAGCCUUCUUGAAGCUUCUGCACAGCUACCACGUAUGUAUCCUCAAGACAGCUGAGGUUGCGAUCUCGAGCAGGAUGGUGGACGAAGAAAUGAGAUUCUCAUCGGAGCAAGACAAGGAGAUCAGCGCCUCUAUCCGCGAUGGUUGUGCCAUCGUCGUCAGAUCCUUGAGCUCAAGAGUAAGAUCCAUGGCCUUGCGGUGCUGCCGGGCGAUAGAGCAUCCUCUCAAGCAUGUCUGGGAGGAGGAGGAGGACCGAGAGCUUGUCACUUCUUGGCUUCAACUCUGCUCCAUCCAGGAGGGGCUCGAGAUCGGAUCUGUAGCCCUCGCUGUCCUGCUCUGCGGGGAAGGGGAUGGAGGAGGAGGAGCAGGAUGCGACGAGUUCGGUCAAGAACUUCUUCGUCGUCUGCAUGAGACCCUUCGCAUCCUCGACCCUCACGUGCUCAUCCUGGCGGCCGAAUUGAUUCUCGUUCCCCCCGAGGCCGGGAAGGAGGAGGAGGCGGAGGAGGAGGAGACGAUCUUUGCUGGGAGGCCGUCGCAGAGCUACGAGGAUGUGAUAGAGGCAACGAACAUGGUGUGCGAACUGCUGAGCCUUCAAGAUCUGGACAAGGAGGAGGAGGAGGAGGAGGAGAGGAGGAGAGGAGACAAGGAGGACGGUCAAGCUCCUCCUCCUCUCCCCUCCCCACGGGAUGGCAGCAAGAUGGAGCUGGCGCUGCUCACGCGCAUGUGGAACGCAGCGAUCGCUCGAGCAGGCAAGCUGCAGGUUACGGCAGAUCGGAAGUACCUGGAAGAGGAGGAGGAAGAGGAGGGGAAGAAGGAAUUGAAGGAGAAGGAGGAGGGGAAGGAAGAGGCAGGGAGGAAUGAGGGAGAGAAAUAUUCUCGUGCUAUGGCGCUGCCAGAGGCAAAAUGUAUCUCUGCCCUCUGCAGGCUGCUGCGGGGUAUCAUAGCCGAAGUCCUGGCUAGGAGCCAGCACAACCGUCCUCCUGACCUCUGGGUCCUCCUUCUCCGCUUCUCAACCGACUCCUGCUCCCUCCUCGAGGCGUGCAUCAACUGCGAGGAAAAAGCUCUCAUGCGCUACUGCUCUCACCAGUGCCAGCAGGGCAAGGAGGAGACACUACCUUCCUCCUCCUCCUCCUCCUCCUCCUCCUGCAGCUCGACCCGAGCAGAGCUCGAGCUGUGGGGACUGGCGGUGGAGGGGAUCAAACGUCUGCUGCUAGCUCUGGCGAGGAGGAGCGAGCAGCUGCAGUCCAGCUCGUCGGGGUUCGAGUUCGCGUGCUCCGAGAUCUCUUCUUGGCUGAUGAGAAAGCUCGUGGAGUGCGGGUGGAGGAGCACGAGGGAGACGGAGGGAGGAGGAGCAGGAGGAGGAGGAGCAGGAGGAAGCAUGUUCAUGGCAGCAGGCAGGAUGGAGGCGGGGAGAAAGUUGCUGGGGCGGGUGGUUGUCGGGAUGGAGGGCAGCGAGGGUAGCCUGGUGGAACAGAACAGAAGUCUGUACAUCUCGGUGGAGGGGCUAGCGGGAAGGAAGAGGAGGAGGGUCGUGGAUGCAGGAAGAGGAGGGGAGAGGACGAGGAAAAGUUGCAUGCUCGGUACCGGCCGAUCAUCGCACUCCGACAUGGCGGCUAAUGUGGACGGGCCAACCCUGCAUAUCCUGGACCUGUUGGCGAGCUGCUUCCACAAGUCACCG